UUUCUGCAAGGACGGCAUUGGAGACAGGAUUGGAGAGCGUCGUCAUAAUCGGCGUGGUACGCGUCGGGAGCGAAGCUCUGCUGCAUCUGUCUUCGGGCAAGUCGCUGGUCGCCAUGUUCCAGGUGUUACACGAUCGCCAGGAGCUGAAUGACCUUGUAGUAGCAGUGCUCAAGGCGUUUCCGGAUGUCAGCAGUCACGCGAAAACAGCAGAGAUGCUAUUCAACAUAGAUUUUGAUGUCUCUGUUAUCGUCGACGACGAUCAGAGAUAUCUCGAAGCCAAGGUAUCGUUCUCGGAGGUGUUCGAGCACGCCGUCAAGGGCGUCGACGUCCAGGAUUGGCUGGAGUACUUCAACGAGAUCCUGCCACCUUCGAGGCAGCUCAACAGUUCUUCCGACCUCGUGCUGACAACUGGGUUAGAUCAGAUCCGGAAAUCCUUGAGCGUGAUCACCAGCUACGGAGUGCAGAAAGCGGGGCUGUACCUGUCUGCCUACCUGGCCAUGCACGCCGCCUGGAUGGAGAGCGUCCGUCUGAAGGUCAAGCACGACGAUCUGCGAACGGCGCUCUUCUGCAUGAACGUGACCAGGCAUGUGCUCAGGCAGAGCUGGCCGCAGCUCACAGCCAAGCUGAUUCCAGUGCCCCGUGAAGCGGCCGCUGUGGUCGAGGCGGUUUUCGAAAGCGUCAAGAAGGCUUCCGCAGGAGUCGGGUCGUUCACGUGGACCGGUCACAAGGGGCGACUGGCGAUCGUCGAGGCGAUCGGAAACACGUCUCUGGCAACGCGGCUACCCUUUGAAGAAGGCGUCGACUACAGCCGCCUCUAUAGCGACGAAGCCAACGCCACCGCAAAUGGCAAGCCAUUAGCUGACGACGACCCGGAGUGGGCCAUGAAGCAUUUCGUUGCCACCUAUUUCCGGGCAAUGCGACACGACCGUCAAGUGCUGUUCUCGCAUCCGCCGUCGCGGCUGCAGACGCUGCUCUGGCGACUGGGCCACACGGGCAAAUUGCGCUACGUGCCGGCCGUCCGCACCGUAAUCGUGCCGGGCAUAUACCAGAUGGAGCCGUACGCGUACAUUUCCUCCUCGGUCGACGAGUACAUGCCGGAGUACAUCAACUACGGCACCCUGGGCGCCCUGCUGUCCUGGGAACUCGCGAGGAUCGUGACCCGAGGCCGGGGCGCUUCCCGUGUUGGCCCUGUGGCCCUGGAGAGCAGGGAGGAUUUCGCCAGAGGACGCCAAAGAAGGAAGGGUACCGAUGACAGCUACCUGGACAGGCUCUACUGCCUUCUGGACUUGCACUCGAGCCUCGGAGCAGAGAUUAAUCUGCUAAGGACAAAGUCAGCGGCAGGGCCGGACAGAGUAAGCAACAAAAUGCUCCGUAACUUAGACGACAGCUCAAUCGCCAACCUCGCAACGUACAUGCAGGAGUGUUGGGAGAAGGGGACGAUACCGCAGGAGUGGAAAGUCGCCGACCUCAUUUUCAUUCCCAAGCCAGGUAAAAAACUGGGCUUCGAGAUCCUCAGGCCUAUAUCGCUCACCUCCUGCGUGGGUAAGCUUAUGGAGCAGGUCGUUCAGACGCGGCUCAAUAGGUACAUGGAGGAAAAUGGACUGUAUCCGGACACCAUGAUCGGUUUUCGACCAAAGCUGUCGGCAUGCGACGUGAUGCUGCAGCUCAAGGAUGAAAUUAUACACAAGCAAACGCGAGACACGAAAGUGAUCGUGGGGUUAGAUGUGGCAAAUGCAUUUGACAACCUGAGGCACGUGUCUAUCUUGGAGAAUUUGAACUCACUCAAUGUCGGGGAGAAAGUGUACCAUUCCAUCAAGGACUUUCUUACCAACAGGAAAGCCACUCUCAAGAUAGGGGAAGAAUCUAUAGAGAACAUUGAACUGGGUAACGUGGGGACGCCGCAGGGCUCGGUUUUAUCACCUACCCUCUUCAACAUUGCGAUGUUGAGACUCCCCGAACAGUUGGGGGAAAUUGAGAAUCUAAACCACACCAUAUACGCGGAUGACUUAACAUUAUGGAUGAACAAGGGCAGUGAUGGGCAAAUAGAAAGCUCCCUGCAACUUGCAAUUGACAUCAUCGAGGAGUACCUGAAACCCAAAGGACUUAGAUGUUCGGCCGAAAACUUCAAGCACAACGUGUCUGGCACCCCAGACGAGCAGCACUCGGAGAUCUUCAGGCGGGCACAGGGAGUGCGCCUGGCGUACAACGCGCUGCUCGCGAACUUCCGCGCCGCGUCCCCCGAUUACGACGUGUUCAGCACUCACUGGCCCGAUGCCCAGUGGGCCUUCUUCGUGCGUGUCUGCAUGGUGCACUGCACGGCUGACCAGACGCCACGACCGCUGACGCCCCGGGAAAGGUGCCUCCUGCCGCUGCACAACAUGGACGAGUUCGCCGGAGCCUUCGAGUGUCGCACCAAGCCGGGCUUCAUUCGGGGAAGCUGCCUCAUGUAG